GCGGCCAUGGAGGCGCGGUGGCCGCGGGUGCCGGAGCUGCGGGACGAGCUGGGCCGCCGCGCCAUGGACACCCGCGGGCUCAAAGCCGAGCGGCUGCAAACGGCGAUGGACGGCGAAGGAGCUCGGCGGGAGGGCCGGUACGGCCUCAGCAACCACAGCCACGAGCACCAGGGUGGCCACCAAGGCCACCAAGGCCACCAAGGCCACCACCAAGGCCACCAGGGCCACCAACCCUAUGAGGGUCAGGAGGCUGAGCCCCCUGGGCUGCCCUCAGCGCUGCACUCCAAGCCGGACCAGCUCCCCCCCCACGCCCCCUCCCCAAAUUACAAUGCCCCGCCCCCUAAUUACAAUGCCCCGCCCCCUAAUUACAAUGCCCCGCCCCCUAAUUUUAACACCCCUCCUAAUUAUAAUACCCCUCCUAAUUACAACACCCCUCCCCCUAAUUAUAACACCCCUCCCCCUAAUUAUAACACCCCUCCCCCUAAUUAUGGCACCCACUCUAAUUACAAUGCCCCUCCCCCUAAUUAUAACACCCCUCCCCCUAAUUAUUACACCCCUCCCCCUAAUUACGGCGUCUCCUCUAAUUAUGGCACCCCCCCUAAUUACGGCACCCCCUCUAAUUAUGAUAGUCCUCCCCCUAAUUACAAUGCCCCUCCCCCUAAUUAUAGUGCCCCUCCCCCUAAUUACAAUGCUCCUCCCCCUAAUUAUAAUGCCCCUCCCCCUAAUUACAGCGCCCCCUCCCCUCAUUCUGACCCCGCCCCGCCCCCCCCCAACCGGAAGCGGCCGUGGGAGGAGAGGGGGAGGGGCGGCGGCGAGAGAUGGCGGGAGAAAAGGCCCCGCCCCCCUCAGCCGCCCCCCGAUGACAGCGAUGACGACUGUGACGAUUCCCGGGUGGCCCUGGACACCUACAACUGUGACCUGCACUUCGAGGUGGCGCCGGACGGGUACAGCGGGCGCCCGCUGACCACCGAGGGGUUCGCCUACCUGUGGGCAGGGGCCAGGGCCACCCACGGGGUGACACGGGGACACGUGUGCUUCGAGAUGGAGGUGCUGGAGCAGAUCCCCGUUCAGCACCUGCCGCCCUCAGAGCCCGACCCGCACGUGGUGAGAGUGGGCUGGUCCCUGGACACCUGCGGCACCCAGCUGGGGGAGGAGCCGUUCUCGUUCGGCUACGGCGGCACCGGGCGCAAAUCCUGCGACGGAAAAUUCCAGAACUACGGGGAAAAAUUCGGGCAGGGCGACGUCAUCGCCUGCCUGGCGGAUUUCGAGGCGGGUGACGAUGUGGAGCUGUCCUUCCUGAAGAACGGGCACUGCCAGGGGGUGGCGUUCCGCGUCCCCAAGGGGCUGCUGGCCGGCCGGGCGCUCUUUCCCCACGUGCUGGUCAAGAACUGCAGCGUCCACUUCAACUUCGGGCAGCGGCCGCGGCCACUCCGGCCACUGACCCCCGGCUACAGCCUGAUCCAGGCCAGCCCGGCCGGACACCGCGACAGGGGGACACGGGGACCGCGGACAAAGGCCGAGUGCGAG